AACCACGGCGUACACGAGGAAGCGGAAGGUAUGUUUGCGAUGGGCGAAGAGACGAUCGCUCUUACCCUCAAGGAGAAGCUCCUCUUUGAGCAGGGAGACCAAGGUGUUUCGUUCGGGUACGCAGACAUAGGCACGCGCGACGUACCUGAGUUUGUCAACAUCUUCAAGGACGACACGCACGCCUGGCCGGCGGUUGCACGUCGCACGUACCCCUCCGCCGUCAACGCGCCGAUGGAGUCUAUCGUCACGCCGUUUGUGAAGAACUCGCUCGCGAUCAGCAACCACCUCAUCGGUGUCCUCACCGACAAGCUCGGGCUCCCUGCGGGCACGCUUGCGUCUUUGCACAAGGUUGGGGGGUUCAGCGGAUGUACGGCGCGGUUCAUCAGAGCGCCGUCGUAUCCUGGGCUGGAGAAGACAUUCCUGACGGUACACACGGACUUUGGGUCCUUGUCGUUCUUGCACAACCGCCUCGGCGGCUUGCAGGUGCUCCCGCCCGGGCCUGACCAGUCGUUCUACGUCAAGCCCCUGCCCGGACACGCGAUCCGCAACAUCGGCGACGCCCUCAACAUCUUCUCCGACGCCAUUCUGCGCUCCAACAUCCACCGCGUUGUCCCGCCUCCACGGGCCCAGGCCGAGUACAAGUGCCACACUGUCGUGUUCUUCACCCGCCCGAACGACGCCGUGGAGCUGCGCGCACUGUCCGCGGAGAGCGAGCGCAUCGCUGCGGCGGUCGCCAAUGCGCCCCCCAGGAAGUACGCCCCUGGGGUGACGGCGAUGGAGUGGCUGGUGAGGAGGGUCAAGUCGCAGCGGGUGACAACUACCAGGUGUGUCCUGUUCCGCUGA